UGGUCUUCACCGGUGCUCCCUCCCUAUUGCCUCAGUUGUAUACUAUUAUUACGGAGUACUCUGUUCAUUGAAACCGGCUGUGAUGUCAUUUCCAUUCACCCUCAGAACCUUUCCUCUACCUCCACCAGUCCCCAACACCUUGCCCAGGUGCCAAUAGCGCCAUGUCGGCCCCUUUACUUAGAGAAGCCUCAUCGCACUCGUCGCCGCACAUAAAAGAUCCCAGGACGCCUGCUCCAGUCGCCGACGAUCCAUGCGCAGCCAGCCCCAGCUACUUCGGCGUCAGAGUAGAUGGAUCCGAUCACUUUGCCUCGGGCACCGCUCAUCAUGUCAAUUCCAACUGGUGCUUUUCUCCAAACGUUCGCUCCAUCGCUGCCGCCUCGCCUCGAAUCAUCCCCGUCGACCAUAAUCCAGAGUUCAAGGCCUUCAAGAGACAAUCCGAGGCCAACAAGGGCUUUGCUUUGGGUGGCUUUGACUUCUCUCGUGCGACGCCCUCGACGUUGCCCAAGGGUCCCUUCUUCCAACCCAUUGCAACCCCAAACCCGUCGAAACCCGUCACUCCGUCGCCCCAAGUAUCCCCCGAUUGCGUCGAGGCGCCCAAACCACAGCGUUCUCCCAAACGUCUCCUCUCCUCGACCGAACCCCAACUCCUCACCGACCACCCCCGAAGAGAAUCUCCCGCGAGCUUUCUAGAUCAGGAAGGGUUUGGUCGCACGGAUGAGGUCGCCCAGUUCGCCGACACCCGCCAUGCUACCUCGUCGCUCCCACCGCCAAGUUGCCCUGCCAUCCUCCGCAGCGUCAGCAAAUGCCGAGCCGAUACCCUCCCGGCAACCCCAGACCAGGGCAGCGGUCCAGGCCCAACGCUGGCUUCCCCGCAACACGUGGUGAACAUACUCGAAUCCGCGCAAGAGCAAGUCCUGCUACUUGAUUUACGCGUGUCCACCCAUUACGCCAAGUCACACAUCAACGGCGCCCUGAGUUUAUGCAUACCCACGACACUGUUGAAACGGGCGUCUUUCAAUGUCAGCAAACUGGCAGAGACUUUCAAGAAUGAAGAGGAUAGAGACAGGUUUGAACGUUGGCGAAGUUGCAAAUCCAUCAUCGUCUAUGACGCCAAUUCGUCCCACAUCAAAGAUGCCAUGACGUGCACCAACACUCUCAAGAAAUUCAUCAACGAAGGCUGGACCGGCGGUUCCUAUAUCAUACGUGGUGGCUUCACCGAAUUCUCCGCAACCUUCCCCUGCUGGGUCACACAGGGCUCGUCCAAUGGCUCAGCUUCACCGUCUUCCUCGUUACAGAUUGGUUCGGAUCGGCCCGCUGUUGCCCCUGUCGUCGGUGGAUGUCCCAUGCCCGCCGCGCAGAGUGCCGCGAAUCCUUUCUUUGGCAAUAUUCGCCAAAACAUGGACCUCAUCGGCGGCGUGGGCCAGAUGGCCAUCAAGCAGCCCGCAGGCAUGACAAAGUCGGUAGAAGAGGAGCUGCCCCAGUGGCUGAAGGGCGCAGCCGAUGAGAAGGACCGCGGCAAGCUGGUGUCGGACAAGUUCCUGCACAUCGAGAAGCGCGAACAGAAGCGCAUGCAGGAGGCGUUUGGAAAUGUCGUGUAUUCGUCCGGUGCCGACAACAGGGCAGAACACGUCGAGCGGAUUCAAAUCGCAGGGCUCGAGAAGGGCUCCAAGAACCGGUACAACAAUAUAUGGCCAUAUGAGCACUCGCGCGUCAAGCUGGAAGGUGUCGCGAAAGGUGACUGCGACUACGUCAAUGCCAACUACAUCAAACCUAGCCUCUCCAACAAGCGUUACAUAGCUACGCAGGGACCCCUUCCUGCAACCUUCAACGACUUUUGGAAUGUCGUCUGGCAACAAGACGUUCGCGUCAUUGUCAUGCUGACCGCCGAGCAGGAAGGCGGCCAGGCGAAAGCUCACAAUUACUGGUCUGAGCGGCAGUACGGCCACCUGUUCCUGAAUCCACUGGGAGAACAUAGGGCGUCUCUCGAGCCACACAGGAUACGGAGAAAUCGAGACCCAUCACGGGCAAUGCCGGGGCAGCGACGGUCGACGAAUCCUCCCAAACCCACGAAUCUCUCCAGGGAGGCGAGCCAUUCCUCCUCCCAGACUACGGAGCAGCCCUACGUCACGGUGCGAAAGUUCACGCUGUCGAACUCGGACGAGCCGUUUGAGCGGAUGCGCGAGAUCACGCAGCUCCAGUAUUCGCACUGGCCUGAUUUCGGCGCUCCCGCACAUCCAGCCCAUCUGUUGGGCCUGAUUGAGCAGUGUGACGCCGUCGUGCGGCAAGUCAAUGGCGGAUCAGCGUCGCAACCCGACCCUCCGAAUACGAGACCCGUUCUCGUGCACUGCUCCGCCGGCUGUGGACGUACCGGAACUUUCUGCACGGUGGACUCGGUCAUCGACAUGCUGAAGCGACAACGGCAAGCGCGCAAUGCUCGCCAGGCCCGCAGCAGUGCUGGCGUGGAGGUCGCGGAUCAGCCGCCUUCAUCUUCGGAUUCCGGCGGCGUGGAAGGCAAUUGGACGCUGCGAGACGACGUGGAUCUGAUCGAGAAGACGGUGGAGGAUUUCCGCGCGCAGCGGCUCAGCAUGGUGCAGAGCCUGAGGCAGUUUGUGCUGUGUUAUGAGUGUGUGUUGGAGUGGCUUGUGGAGCAGCAUCCGAAGUCUGCGUAGGUGCGCCAUGUCACGGCCGGCGUCAGUGGCUUAGGGCGUAGAGGUAAGAUAGAGACGUUGCUUGCAUUCCUGCAUAUUGUGCAUUCCUUGGAUAUGUUGGAUUUUGACGAGGAUAUGGAUGCACACUCUUGGGUAGGAAGACUCUCGAGGGUCGGUCCAUCGGUUGCAUAGCGUGGUGUCGUUCUCU